CGGAACUCGAUGACGUCGCAGAACAACAAAGAUGGCUGGAAUAGGAAGCAGCAACUAUUGGGAAGAUCUGCGAAAGCAGGCCAGACAGCUGGAGAAUGAACUUGACCUGAAGUUGGUCUCCUUCAGUAAACUGUGCACCAGCUACAGCAGCUCUAGGGAUGUACGUCGAGGAGACACGUCUGACACCACCCCGCUGCUCAACAACUCUACCCAGGACAGGAUGUUUGACACCAUGUCAGUGGAGAUUGAACAGCUGCUGGGGAAACUGACUGCAAUAAAUGACAAAAUGGCAGAGUACACCAACGGCCCGGGCACGGCCUCUCUCAACGCUGCACUCAUGCACACACUUCAGAGACACAGAGACAUCCUACAGGAUUACACACAUGAAUUCCAUAAAACUAAAGGAAACUUCUUGGCCAUCCGGGAAAGGGAAGACCUACUAGGAUCUGUCAGAAAAGACAUAGAGACAUACAAGAGUGGCUCCGGGGUCAACAACAGAAGAACAGAGCUGUUUCUGAAGGAGCACGAGCACCUGAGAAAUUCGGACCGACUGAUGGAUGACACAAUAAGUAUUGCCAUGGCGACCAAGGAGAACAUGACCUCCCAAAGGGGGUUGCUGAAAUCCAUACAGAGCAGGGUCAACACGCUGGCUAACCGUUUCCCGACCAUCAACAAUCUUAUCCAGCGAAUCAACCUUCGGAAGAGACGAGACUCUCUCAUCCUCGGCACGGUGAUUGGCGUCUGCACCAUUCUCCUCCUGCUCUACGCUUUUCACUGAAGUCCAGACCCGGCGAUAUCUGUAAAGGGGCAGGAAUGAUCUGCUCUGUGUAGCGUGGGUACCCCCAGGAAACCGAGCUCAGUGAUUGGAGGACCCUGGAGGCUUGGUAGCAGAAGGACAUUAAGUUGGUCCAGUUCUACAGCAGGGACAAACUCAGCCAACAAAGAGCUACUCAACUUGUAUUUAGCAAUGGGACAGAUGGAGGGCUGGUGGUUGGGUGCUCUGCUGCCAGCAAAAGAAUGGAGACCAAAAGUACAAAUGAAACUAGAUUUUAAGAAAAUUAUUGUGAUAAUUCACUUGGACAGAAACUGUGACGAGACAGUGAGAGUGUGUGUUUCAUCAUUCUUUUUUUCACAGGCGGAAGGAUUUUUUUUGUUGAAUGGUCCUUUUUUAAUUGAUGGUGUAGGAUGGAUAGAUCAUUGUGGGCUGUAAAAUGUGAAUUAAUAAAUUAUUCAUAUCAGUAUGUGCAAAAGAAGUGUGUCACACUAGAUACAAUUUAACUGCUAAGAUGAAGUUAUCGUUAUCUGGUUUAUUUAAUCAUUCUGGUUAAAGUCACUCACAGAUCUAUUCAAACCAAGGACAAUAGUAUUAAAUGGUAUGACUGUGCCAGUUCAGACAGCAGCAUCCCACAGCAAGGCUAUCGAAAAUCUUUAUUGUAUUUUCAUAUCUCAUAAAAUAUAUUUAUACUUCACUCAUAUCUUCAUAUUCAAUAACUUACUUUCUCUCUAAUCUUUCAGAGCAACCAGGCAAGUUAAAUACACAAUAGGAAGUCAGGAGCUGCAUGUAUUGUAGUUCCCACCUUAGAAGAAAUGUGUAAACAUGACAUAUCUUUAAUGACCAAGCAACUAUUCUGCACAUUUACUACUAUACUGAAGACUGUUGUAUGAAUUUGAAGAUGGGAACUGAAAACAUUUCAGUCAGGGUUGGACUCUUUAGAUUAAAGUCUUAGUUUGUUGGUGGGAGUGAAGGAAUGUCAAAGCAAGGCAGCUGUGUGAGAAACAUCAAUGUCUUUUUGUCUCACAGCUUGAGGCUGUUACACGACUGGAAUCAAAAUAAAAUAGGCUCACUUCAGUGGACCGAAGAG